AUGGCGAGAGAAAAGAAAGGAAAUCCAAAGAAAAGAACAGAAGGCAGUGCAGCAAUCAGCAGCAAAAACAAAGAGAAAAGAGAAGGAUGCAACAAUUUCCUACAACUUCCAAAGGCUUUGAUCGUGGAGAUUCUCUCAAGGGUAUUGUCCAUCAAAACCCUCCUGAAUUGCAGGUGCGUUUGCAAAGAGUGGCUUUCUUUAAUUUUCGACCCUGAAUUUACUCGUCUCCACGCUUCAAGAUCACCCAUUGGCAUCUUGAUCAAGACCUAUCCCCCUAUAAGAAAAUCUAGGAGACUUGAUUUCACCCAUAUACUAGAUUCUGCUGGUUCUGAUUUGCAGCUCGAGAAAAUAAGGUUUAGUCCCAAAAAUAGCCUGCCCAUCGGGGCCAUGCCCGAAUUUCGCUUGAUAAACUCAUGCAAUGGCUUACUUUGCUUUUCUGGAGCUAAUAGAGAUUACCCCUGUUUUGUGUGCAAUCCGAUUUUAGGUGAGUAUAUUACUAUCCCACAUACUGAUAACACUCGAAAUCGAAAUAGUUUCUUUUUCGUUGGACUUGGUUUUAGCUCCGCGAUGAAUGAAUAUAAGGUGUUGCGAAUGACCAAUGGGACCGAGGCUGAGGUUUACACCAUUGGUUCGGGAGUGUGGAGAAGUAUUGGAAAUGCUCCUGGGGACAUUGAUCAGUUGCCAUUCAAUGCUUUUCUGCAUGGAGCGCUUCAUUGGGUUUCAUAUAGUAGUAAAAGUCCCGAGUUUAUACACUCUUUCGACUUUGAAACAGAACAGUUUCGACCCCUACCCGUCCCUAGCUUACCCGUGAAUCAAUUUUCGGAUUGUUUCCUUUUGGAAGUGAUAGGAGGCUGUCUCCAUUUGUGUGUGUUUGGGGACGAUUGUAGUAAUUUGACAUGUGGGUAA